AUGUUUACGCCAAUUGACCAAGUUAUAGAGCACUUCAAGCAGAACAAGUUCGUUAUUGUGAUGGAUGAUGCCGGUCGUGAAAACGAAGGCGAUCUUAUCUGCGCUGCUGAGAACGUCAGCACCGAGCAAAUGGCCUUUCUUGUUCGCCAUUCUUCAGGCUACGUCUGUGCCCCCAUGAGCAAUGCCAUUGCUGAUAAGUUGGACCUGCCAUUACUGAGAACGGGCAUGAAGUUCGAAUCCAAUGACGACGACAGACACGGGACUGCGUACACGAUAACCGUGGACGUCGCCGAGGGCACCACCACAGGGAUCUCCGCUCAUGAUAGGUCGGAGACUUGUAGGGCGCUUGCCGACUCGUCCUCUACGCCAAAAUCAUUCUUGAAACCAGGCCACAUCUGUCCCCUGAGAGCCGCUGACGACGGUGUCCUCCAGAGGAGAGGCCACACUGAAGCCGGUGUGGACUUGUGUAGAUUGAGCGGGCUGAGCCCCGUCGCUGUUAUUGGUGAAUUGGUCAAUGACGACGAACAGGGCACCAUGAUGAGAUUAGCGGACUGUCAAGAAUUCGGCAAGAAACACGGGAUUCCCUUGAUUUCUAUCGAGGACUUGGCUCAAUAUUUGAAGAAGUAA